UCCCCGCAACACCACAGCAGCGCCGGUGGCGUACUCUCCGCGCUGGCUUGUUAUUACCUCGCCGACUGCUGCUGCUGUGUGGCGGUGUGAAGAAAAAGCUACAGAGCGAUCUCGUUCGAUUAUUACGCGGGAAGUGGGCAGGGACGACAACACACCAGCAGACGGCGAUGGUUCGCGUCGUGGACCAGAUGUCGGCAAGCUGCAUGGCCGGGUGCUCCUACUCCAGCUCGGGAGACAGGGUCUACACCCUGAAGUUCGUGCUGGUUGGGAGCCGGGGGGUCGGGAAGACGCGUCUCGCGUCCCUUUUCCACAGGAAGAAGAGCGGAUGCCCGUCUGCUGCUGUUGGGAUGCAGUUUGGAACUCGGACGCUGCGAUACUCGGACAGCUUGAGCGUUCGCGCACAGAUCUGGGAUACGGCGGGCACGUUCGCUUUCAAGUCCGUGAAGGACGCGUUUUUUGGAGGCACAGUGGGGGUGAUGCUGGUGUACGACAUCUCUAAAAGAAGCACCUUCGACGACCUCGCGCGGUGGCUCUCCCUCGUACGAGAGAACUCUCACAAAAGCGUCGCCCUUAUUCUGGUGGGCAACAAGUCAGACAUGUCGACCACGCAGCGAGAGGUGUCGAUGGUGGAGGGCAUGCGGUUCGCCCGGAAGCACGGGAUGGACUUUGUGGAGACUUCUGCCCUCCGGGGGUUGCACGUUGAGGAGGCCUGCCGGCAGCUGAUCAUGUCGGUCGCUAGAUAUCUUCCUCAGGAUAAAUGUGUCUGGUCGAAGAAAAAGGUGCGUUCGAGUCACGAUUGA